AUGGACAGAAAAACUACCCUGGAGCAUAUCAAGAAGAAUUCUGCUCUUCUUAACGCCUUUCUUCCAGCAGAAAGAAUUAAGAGUGCCACGGACGAAUAUGACGGAAGGUACCGGAUUGAGAUCGAAAAGAGUGACGGAACUACCGAGGGCUACUCUCUUAAAAUAUCAUCUGGCCCUGACGACGACGACCGCCUCGACGUCGAGUAUGAUUCCCUGAAACAGAUCUCGGAACAGAUCUCGGACGUAGCGCCAGGAUUUGUCCCGAAACCCUUCGCGCGAGGAAAUCUGAACGAACCAGCUCCUGGACUUCGGUUUUUUGUAUACGGUGACUACGGCGAACAGAAAAACAAGCCUACAUUCAAGGAAUAUUUCUGGAAAUCACUGAAUGCGAUCCAUUCCAUCCAGGACGAAAAUGGACUGUUCGGGUAUCCGAGGCCGACAUACUUUAGAGGAGAUGCUCAAUUCGUCGAGCAAAACAGCAGAUGGGAGGACUUUUUCCGUCAAAGCAUGCUGUACGUUCUCGACCGGUGCCAAAGGACGCUCAGUGCACUACAGGCCCCUCAUGAAUGUCUCGAGAAUAUGAAUACGUUAAGGGAGCUGUCUUCUACCAAUUCUAUUUUUUCGACUUUGAUUGGCACCCCCGAAUCUGAAGGUAAAAUAAAGCCGUCGCUAGUUCACGGCAACUUGGACACGUCGACCGUGUUUUUAAAUACAGAGGAGGACCCCGACUCUGUAUCUUACACGAUUGUGAGUCCAGCGGUAUUUUACGGCCAUUGCGAGUGUAAGGUCUACCCCUCCUCCCUCGAUGGAUAUGUCGAUUCUACUACGGAAGCUUUGUGCCCUAACACUUGA